AUGGUAUCCACGGUAGUGCCAGUUUCCAACUUCGGGCACGGGUCCCAAACGGCCAAACGGAAUUGGGACAUCUUCAAACUCCAGCGCAAGAUUCUGCUCAUCUUUGGACUUUGGCCUGCGGACCGCUUAGUGCGUCGUUGGUACCUGAAGGUGCUGAUUGCCGUUAAUCUGAUCACACUUGCGAUCUGCAUCGUGGGUGAAUUUAUGUACGGACUGUACGCUUACAAGGAUGGUGAUCUUAGUGAAACAAUCGAAAGCAUUUGCCCAACAGUGGCCCGAAUUUCAGGAUUUCUGCGUAUGGUGUUUUAUCUAGUGAAUGAAACAAAGCUGGACCAUGUGCUUAAUUGUAUCGGUAAAGUGUUGAAGGAGGAACAUCCACAAGAAAAAUCUACCAACAAAAAAAUGGCCACCCUGGGUCAACAGUUUACUUUCUACCUUUUCCUGAUGAUGUUCUUUGCCGCCUGCCUGUACGGUGUGACACCUUUCUUUAUCAUGGCGUACAAUUGGUUUCAUGGACAGCGGCCACUCGUAAAACUCCUACCAUUUAAGUUAGCAUUGCCUUUCGAUGCUCAGAACUCGUACUACUUUGCCCUCACGACAAUCUUUUUAAACUACGCGUCCGCUCCUACCAUAACCUCACAGUCUGGUAGCGACGCACUGUUCAGUGGCGUUUGUCUCUACGUUUAUGGACAGUUUCAAGCGAUCCAGCUAGAAAUGGAAGCUCUCACAGCAACGCUAGAUAAAACCACCCUCAAGGGCUCAUCUGCCGAAACGCGGCGCGUUAAUGACGAGCUAAGACGCAUCAGCAAACGACACCAAGAAAUCAUUGACUUGGUGGCGGAAGUUCGUACCGCUUUCAUGCCAAACGUUUUGCUUGUCUACACGGCCACGGCCAUCAUCAUGUGCAUCGUCUGUGUUGCAAUGCUUGUGGUAGAAGGCAUCUAUAAGCUCACCUACCUACCCUACGCAUUUGCCGAGUUAACGUUGCUGUUUUUGUACUCGUACAGCGGCACAAUCAUUCGUGACUCGAGCGAAGCCGUACAAACGGUGGCUUACAAUUUCCCCUGGUAUCGAUUCGACCGCAACACUCGUCAUCUUAUUCAAAUGAUGAUGAUUAGAGCUCAAUACGGAUCUAACGUUGACGUUCCGUUCUUUGAAACCUCAAUGGCAAGCUUUUCGGCCAUCGUUCGUACAGCUUCUUCGUACAUUACGCUAAUGAAAUCUUUCUUAUAA